AUGCCCCCUGAACAGUCCUCAUUGCCCAAUCCUACACUGCCGGAGAGUUCUAUCAGUCCAUGCCGCUCCAGAAAUGGCUGUCAGCAGUGCCGCCAGCGUAAGAGAAAAUGCGACGAGCAGCAUCCGCGCUGCUUGGCCUGCAUCGAGAGAGACCUCCCCUGUAACUGGCAGCGCAAUCCGAGUCGACGGCGCCAGCUCGCUCGCCGCUCUCACAACUUCAACAAGGACUUCACGCUUCCCCAGGAGAUGCAGCCUUUAGUGACAGUGUUUGCCAUACCAUCGACUCCCAUCCAGGAGCGACUUUUGUCCUACUUUCAUACUAACGGUCCUCUGUGGCUGACCUCUGGCGGUAACGUCGAGGCCUCCUCAGGCGUCAUUAUCCCAGUCGCCCUUCAAAGUCCUUUGGUUAUGAAUUGUCUCAUGACGGUAGCCGCAGGCGACUUGGCUAAAUACCAACCAGCAAAUACUGAGAUGAACAGCCUGGCGUGUGGAUUCUACGGACAGGCCGUAGCAGGCAUCCAUUUAACGCUCAAAAAUGAACUCUCGCCUACACUGCAACCGGCCUCACACUCACCAGGAAUGCCAACCUCAGAGUCCGGCAGCAGUAAUCAUAAUUCCCUUAAUGUUCGGGGUGCUCAGCUAGGAGACGAGCUACUUUUAGCGGUUAUUUUACUCUGCGUCCACGAAGCAGUGAAUUUCUCUACGAUUAGUCGGAUCUUCCCCCAUUUGGUCGCUGCUGUCACUCUAUGUAACGACCAUUCCUUCGCCAGCGACACACCAAAUAUCGAACUAAGGGGCCUAUUCCUCGAAGUCCUUUGUUACUUAUUAACCCUGACAUCCUUCUCUCACGGCCAUAGCCUUCCACUCCAUCUAAUUACCCCUCAGGUCUUUACGACACUAUUCUCCGCACCUGAAGGUUACAAAGAUGUUUUGCUUGGGAAUCAAUGCCGCGAAAUCUUCUCGCUUAUCCUCCGAGUAUCGAUGCUACAAAGGCGCUUAACCUCACCUUCCGAUCUUGAUGAGACGAGCGCUGCGGAGCUCAGAGGCUUGAAGUCUCAACUUGAGCGAGGUUUCACUACCAAUGUCCGAAAUGAAGAAAUAGCAGCUUGUGAUGAAAUAGCAAUUUCAGAGCUUUAUCGACUUGCCUGCCUGAUAUAUGUUGAGAAGAUGCUUGAUGCCGAAAUAAAAGACAACUCUGAAGCUUUGCAAAACAAAAUGGCGCUCUUUAUAUCAACUCUCAAUUCUGUCCCGCCAUCAUCACCAGCGAACAACAUUCUUACCUGGCCCUUAUUCGUGGCUGGCAUGUCGGCUAUGGUUCCUUCGCAUCGCCGACUUAUCAUAGGGAGAUUAAAGAGAAACUACCAGUCCUGGUGGAGAUCUGAUAUUCUGAGUAAGAGUGCGGAUUUGUUAUCGCAGAAAUGGAAACAGGACGACAGUAUCGAGGAUGGCACGAUCUCGCGGCGCACAGGAACUACUGCUACGCAGUGGCCGGGAGUUGGGAACCGUAUGGCCGACUUUCCGGUGGCCUUGUUAUAA